AUGAGUAAACGUACGGUGGUCGAGUGGUCACCGCAUGACGCCUCGCUCUUUGCUGUAGGCGCUGAUACAUUGCGUCUGUUUGAAGUGACAACAUCUUCUUCUCUCUCUUCUUCUCGUCAGGAUGCAAUUUCUACAAAUGUAGCACUUACAACACAACGAAAACGUGCAUUUCGUGUCGUUCGGAUCAAUGCAAAAGUCGCUCAACUCAAGUGUUUACAAUGGUAUCCAUUUAAUUCCAAACCUCUACUUAUUGCCACGGGUACAGGAUCGGGUAAAAUUUUAUUAUGUGACUUUGAAGACGCACGAGCUCGUGUUUUACGUGAAUUUGUACCCAAAUAUUCUCGUCCAUGUCAUGCUAUUGCUUGGAAUCCAUCAAUUCCGAAUCAAUUGGCAACAGGAUUUGAAAAAGUUCGAAGUGAUUUUUGUACUUUAGUUUGGGAUUUUACGACAACUAGUACAAAUAAUGGAGGAAGUCAAGGAAUUGCUCGAAGUAGUAGUAGUAGUACACUUGAAAGUCUUGUCGAUCAAGAUAAAGGGAAUAGUACAGGACGAAAAGGUGGGAAUACAUUGACUACAACAAGUAUUGGAGUUGGAGCAAGUGGAUACUCUGUUUUUGAAUCCAAACCAAUGUAUGAAUUGGCAAAUUCCGAAGCUACAAUGGCAUUAUCAUGGGUUCCAUUACAACCAACGUGUUUAGCUACUGGAACAGGAUUCAAGUGGCUACGAGUCUAUGAUUUACGAGGAAAGAAUACGUCACCUAUGAGUGUUGUUGCUCAUAAUAAAGCAGUACUUGGAGUCGUCUUUGAUUACCAUCGACCACAUUUACUAGCAACAUAUAGUGAUGGACCACAAGAACCUGUUAAAGUGUGGGAUAUUCGACAAUUACAUGCUGCAUCUGGACCACUCUUGACAUUAUAUCAAACAAGUAAAAAUCUUGCUCAAGUUUCGUGGUGUCCAUCAAAAUCAGGAAUUCUCGUAACAGCUUCAAUGGAUGAAAAAUGGGUGUCAUUAUGGGAUGUUACAAAGCACGAAAGUGGAUCAUCAAUUGUCAAGAAACCCUUUCGAAGACGGUAUACAUCAGAACCUUUAACAUCAUUUUCAUGGCAACACGUUCAGACAACAAAUAAAGCACAGCGUGAAACAACUGAAAGCAAGAGAUUACAAACUGAUAGGCCGCAUUUAUUAGCUGCAGCAUUUCCAAAUCGUUUGUUAACGGCUUCAAUUACUGGCGAAAUUGGUGAUAUAUCUGUUCACGAUGCAAUGCCAUUAUCGUUAUCUUCACACGGUGAAUUAACGUUUGGAUGUGGUAAAUUGUUAUUUGGUGGUGUAGUACAUGGAUCAAAAGUCAAGACGUCGGUUGAUGAUGAAAAUCACGUUGCAUCUCGUAUGGAAAAAGAUAUUUCAAUUGAAAUGUAUCGACUAGCAAAACAAGGCUAUGCAUUGAAUCUCUCAACAAAUCGCAAUCUUUUUAAUGAUUCAACUCGACGAAGUCGAGCAUUACGGAAUUUAUGGCUUUGGGUUGAUCAAAUUGAAUCGCUUUAUCGAAUUCGAACGUCAGUAUUUGAACAAUCACAAUCUGGAGUUCAUCAAAAUACAAUGAAUAGUGGAGUGGCUGGUUCAUUGCGUGGUUGGCCACUUGAUCCUAAUACUUUAGUCGUAGCUGGUGUAAAGAAUCUAUUGACACUUUCCGGUGAGUCUUCGUCAACACUUAAAUCCAUUACAGUGAAUUCAAGUGCUACAACACAAGAAGAAGCUCGUGAAAAUGACUCAAUCAUGACGAUCGUAUCUAUCAUGAAAACUGAUUCUGUACUUGGUUGUCCAUAUUACGAAGGACUUGGACGUCGAUUAAGUUUAUUAGCAUGUAGUUGGGAUCCAGAAGCUGGUCAACGAAAUAACACAACAACAAAUUUGGAUUCCAAUGUUCCACGAAAUAUUCAUCGUAGUAGUUCAAAUACAUGGACUUCACAAAAAUCAAUUGAAGAUACAAUCUGGAAUGAAUCAAAUCUCUUUGAUCUUGAAAUGAGAUUAACACAAUGUGAAGAAGAAGGAAAUUAUGCUCGUGCUGCAGCAUUAGCAGUUUUUCAUGGAGAUUUACAUGCUGCUGUCACUCUUUUGCAAAAAGGAGCAAUGUGGAUUACACAAUUACAGCAUGACAAGCCGGAUAAAUUAAUUCCGUAUACAUCUGAUUUAUUGCAAUUAAUUGCUAUGUCGAUUGCAGGGUAUACAGCAUCUAUCUCAAGUACAACAAGUUUAUCUUUAUGGUUAAAUAUGACUCAACAACUCUUAAAACGGAGUGAAAUUAUGUCUCAAAGUACCCCUCGAUAUUUUCAUGCAAUGUUAUUGUUCUUAUGUGUGGCAUCGGAUACAAAUGUACGAUCAAAUGUACCCCCUUCUCGACGUUCGAAUACUCGACGACAAUAUGGAAUUAGUGAGAUAACAAGUGCUCAACCAGGUGCUUAUUCUGGUAUUUUAGAUGAUAUUACACUUCCAUUAAGUGAUCGUCUUGCUUUUGCUUGUCGAUAUCUUCCUUCUAAUGAACUUGUGACGUUUCUUACACGACAUGAAGACGAAAGUGUACAAUUUGGACGAUUAGAAGGCAUUCUCGUUACUGGUGUGAAUCAAAAUGGAAUUCGAAUUCUUCAAACAUAUUUAGAUCGAACAGGAGAUGUUCAAACAUUGGCAAUAUUAGCUGCACGUCUAUCAUCUUCAUAUCUUGAAAAGCAUGGAAUAUUAAAUCAAUGGAUUCAAACAUAUCAAGAAUUAUUAAAUCAAUGGCAAUUGUAUCAUGAACGUGCUCGCUUUGAUGUUGGACGGACACAUCAUUCAACAGUUGUAGUAAAUACCCAUCAUGAUGGAUCAAAGGAUACAAGUAUUGUCGUACCCCCUCAAUUAUUUGUUCGAUGCAAUUAUUGCAAUGCAUCACUUUCUUUAGCUGGGUUACUGCGUUUAGGUGGUUCCCAUUCUUCAUGGUUAAAUCGUGCCAAACCGAAACUUACGUGCUGUCCAACAUGUCAAAAACCAUUACCUCAAUGUGCUUUAUGUUUACUUCCAUUUGGAUCGUUAAAUCCAUACUUUGAACUAGCACAUCGAAGGUCAAGACAAACAGCAGAUGCCGUACAGUCGGUUAUAAAUCCACUUUCUAUUGAAACUGGUCGAGUUGUCAAAGAACCAAAUUUGGGUAAAAAAGAGUAUGAAAGUUUGGCCCAAUUAUCAAGUAUCCCAUUUGUGGAAUGGUUUACGUGGUGUCAAGCGUGUAAACAUGGUGGACAUGCACAUCAUUUAGCAACAUGGUUUCAAUGUCAUACAUAUUGUCCAGUUACAGAUUGUAAGUGUAUGUGUCAAUUAUUGGAUGUGCCACUUGUACGUGAAGAACAGAUGCAAUGUAUGGUACAACCACGACAAAGUGUGGAUCAGCAACUUAAGAUUGGGGAUAAAACAAUGAGAAAACAAGCUAGUGCAAAUACGCAACAGUGGCAAGUGGCACAACGUACGACAAAUGGAGCUACAUUUCGUACCCAUUCUUCGGCUCACCUUCGACCAAGUGGUACAUCAAGUGGUUACCCACCACCAUUUUCUUUAUCAAGCAGCAAUUCAAUGGCAAAUUUAACAAGUGGCAUGACUACAAGUGGUACAAGCAACAAUAUACAUGCAACUCUGAGUGAUGGUCUUACACUUAAUACUAGAUUGGAGCAAAUGGAACACGAGAAGACCAAAUUUUCGUACAUGUGA